GCGCUGGAAGUAUCUUAGGAGUUUCCGAUAUAACAGACAACCGUCACAUAUGGCGGAUGCUGUUGGCCGAAUUCCUAGGAACAUUCAUACUGGUCUACAUUGGAUGCGGAUCAGUCAUUUCUACGGAUAAUCCAACACACACUCAGAUUUCACUGACAUUUGGAUUGACCGUGGCAACCUUGGCGCAGUGUCUGGGACAUGUUAGUGGGUGCCAUAUCAAUCCAGCGGUUACAUUUGGACUGUUCAUCACGGGGGAUAUAAAAUUGUUGAAGGCUUUGUUUUAUGUUGCCGUCCAGUGUGUUGGAGCUGCAGCGGGCGCUGCACUUUUAACGGUAACAACACCGGAAGAGUUCCAAGGCACUUUGGGCAUUACAAACUUUGAAGAACCUCUAACGCCUCUUCAAGCUAUAAUAUGCGAAAUCCUUCUCACAUUUCCCUUAGUCUUUGUGGUUCACGCUGUAUGUGAUCCCAGGAGAACUGAUAUCAAAGGUUCAGCUCCUUUGGCAAUCGGGCUUAGUAUCACGGCCAGUCAUCUUAGUGGGAUUAAAUACACGGGCUCCAGUAUAAACCCAGCGCGAACAUUUGGCCCCGCGGUUAUAAUGGGUUUAUGGGAAAACCACUGGGUGUACUGGACCGGACCUAUCAUUGGUGGAAUUCUGGCCGGAGUUAUGUACAAGUUUUUGUUUAAAGUCGGAAAGGAAGAUGAUUCAUACGAUUUUUAAUACGAAUAGGUAGAUCAUUCUCACCAUACCAAAAUCACGUCAUUAUAACCCAUUUAAGGUGGAAUUAUAUCUUAUUUAGAUUUAUUCCGUCAAUCUACAUGAACUUUCAUUGCUAAUUUAUUGUAUCCAGUUCUAGUUCUGAACAAUAAUCGAUUAGCGUACCCACUACAAAGGGUAGAAAUUAGAAUUAAGUUAGGUUUUACCGUAAGCGCGCUUUUUUGGAGUACCACACCAAAAGUAAAUGAUUAGAUUCUGUAUGUAUCCUUUAAUCCAGGCUUAAAGCAGUAUCGAGACAAUUUGCUAAGUUAAUUAUAGAAUAGUAAAAUUUCAUUUGAAUUGUACUUAAGUAGGUAGUAAACAAUUCUUGUUUGAAAGUCGUGAGAAAUAUUACCAUAGCGUCCGAAUUUUCUGGAUUCUUGGUCGAAAUCACAUCGUCGGUUACCGCUCCAAAUUUUACAAAAUGAAUGGUUUCUAUAUGAAUCUUCAGGAGCGUAAAACACAAAAAAAAGUGACCAUACGUUAACGAUGAAGACCAUAAGCUUUCGAAUAUUGUCUAUGUAAUGUCCGCUAGGUAAAAGGUGCAGGGACAGCUUUCUAGUUCAGAGGGACCUCUUAUCCUUCGAUCUUCACCGAAUAAACUCGCAGUUGGAAUGAGAUUUAACUAAUGAAGGGUAUAAAAAAACUUGGGGCCCUUCCUUGCUCUUUCUGGCGAUCUUCUGAGAAACUUCUUUUCUCACGAAUGACUCAGAGCAGUAUUUUAAUCACAUCUAAAUGUAGCACAUAUUGUACAUGUUUAUUUAAGAUUAUGCAUUUCAUUUGUAAAA